AUGGUCUCAAGUGCCUUAUCAUUGUGCGCGGCACUGCUUUUAGCUGCUUUUUCUGCUGUAUCGAAGGCACAAGUAUCUUAUGCUGUUACUACUUAUGCUGCACCAGUUUCUGAUUAUUGGAAUCCGGCUACUAUUGAAGGUGAAGGUCCUAUUGUAACAGUGGACAGAAUAAUUUUUAAUAAUCCGUAUAAUGCAUCUAAUGAUGCUAAGUGUUUGUUGACACCAGAGCAACAGGCUGCUGUUCUGGAGGCAACUAAUAAGUACAGAUCUAUGUUUGUUGACACUCCUAAUUUGACCUGGUCUGAUGCUUUAGCCAAACGGGCUGCGUGGUGGGCUUGCAAAUUUGAUGUAUACAAGGACAUUCCAGAAGACCCUCCAGAUUACGACUACAAUAUUGGUAAAAGCAUGUACGCAGGAGCUGCUGCUAAUCCAGUCGGUGCUGUAGACAUGUGGUUUGAUGAAAUUAAUAGUUAUAAUUACAGCCAUCCUGGCUUUUCCUGGCCAACUGUACAUUUUACACAGCUUGUUUGGAGAUCCACCACAGAGGUUGGUUGUGCUGCAAAUUUAUUUUGGCCCGCUUUUGACGGUUCGCCCAAUCAAUACUUUGUUGUGUGUCAGUACUUACCUGCUGGUAAUAUGUUUGGUCAAUUCCCUGAAAAUGUUAUGCCUCUGAAACCAGCUUAUAAAAGUCUUCAUUGGUCAACAAUUCAUUCGGCAACCGCCCCCAUAAAUUGGACAUCUAUGUCUCUAUAUCAAAAAACACAUACUGUAGCUCCAAUUACUAUAACUCCGACAUCAAAUCCUAACCCUGUUUACACAAUACCUUUUGGAGAUUGGUCAAACUUUUUUCCAUCAACAGCCCAGAUAACUUAUAUAAGUGCCACUGACAGCUCAACCACCACUGCAACAACAACUGCUUCGAAAAACGGUCAUAGUUCUGGUAUCGAUGCUACUGAAAGAUCAACCACUACUUCUAAAAAAUCUGCCUCUAGCAACAGUCAUAAUUCUGCUAUUGAUGCUAUUAACAGAUCAACCAUCACUUCUAAAAAAUCUACCUCGAGUAACAGUCAUAGUUCUGCUAUUGAUACCACUGACAGAUCAAUCAUCACUUCCAAGAAAUCUACCUCGAGUAACAGUCAUAGUUCUGCUAUUGAUACCACUGACAGAUCAAUCAUCACUUCCAAGAAAUCUACUUCAAGUAACAGUCAUAGUUCUGCUAUGGAUGCUAAUGGCAAUUCAACCACUACUUCUAAGAAAUCUACUUCAAACAGUCAUGCUUCUACUAUGGAUGCUACUAACAGAUCAACCAUCACUUCCAAGAGAUCUACCUCUAGCAACAGUAAUGGUUCUGCUAUGAAUAAUACUGACAGAUCGACCACCACUUCUAAAAAAUCUACCUCAAUCAGUCAUGGUUCUACUAUUGAUGCUACUGACAAAUCAACUACCACUGCAACAACAUCUGCCUCUAGCAACAGUCAUGGUUCUGCUAUUGAUGCUACUGACAGAUCAACUACCACUUCUAAAAAAUCUACCUCAAACAGUCAUAGUUCUGCUAUGAAUACUACUAACAGAUCAACCAUCACUUCUACCUCUAGCAACAGUCAUGGUUCUACUAUGGAUGCUAUUAACAGAUUAACCAUCACUUCUAGCAAAUCUACCUCUAGCAAUAGUAAUGGUUCUGCUAUUGAUGCCACUGACAGAUCCACUGCUACUUCUGACAAAUCUAUCUCAAUCAGUCAUGGUUCUACUAUUGAUGCUAUUCACAGAUCAAUCACCACUUCUAAGAAAUCUGCCUCAAUCAGUCAUAGUUCUACUAUAGAUGCUACGGACAGAUCAACCAUCACUUCUAAAAACUCUGCCUCAAUCAGUCAUAAUUCUGCUAUUGAUGCUACUGACAGAUCGACCACCACUUCUAACAAAUCUACCUCAAUCAGUCAUAAUUCUGCUAUUGAUGCUACUGACAGAUCAACUACCACUUCUAAAAAAUCUACCUCAAACAGUCAUAGUUCUGCUAUGAAUACUACUAACAGAUCAACCAUCACUUCUACCUCUAGCAACAGUCAUGGUUCUGCUAUGGAUGCUACUAACAGUUCAACCAUCACUUCUAAGAAAUCUACUUCAAGCAACAGUAAUGGUUCUACUAUGAAUACUACUGACAGAUCAACUACCAUUUCUAAAAAAUCUACCUCAAUCAGUCAUAGUUCUGUUGUUGAUGCUACUGACAGAUCCACUGCUACUUCUGACAAAUCUAUCUCAAUCAGUCAUGGUUCUACUAUUGAUGCUAUUCACAGAUCAAUCACCACUUCUAAGAAAUCUGCCUCAAACAGUCAUAGUUCUACUAUGGAUGCUACUGACAGAUCAACCAUCACUUCUAACAAAUCUACCUCAAUCAGUCAUAAUUCUGCUAUUGAUGCUACUGACAGAUCAACUACCACUUCUAAAAAAUCUACCUCAAACAGUCAUAGUUCUGCUAUGAAUACUACUAACAGAUCAACCAUCACUUCUACCUCUAGCAACAGUCAUGGUUCUAUUAUUGAUGCUACUCACAGAUCAACCACCACUUCUAACAAAUCUACCUCGAGUAACAGUCAUAGUUCUGCUAUAGAUACCACUGACAGAUCAACUACCACUUCUAAAAAAUCUACCUCAAUCAGUCAUGGUUCUAGUAUAGAUGCCACUGACAGAUCAACUACCACUUCGAAGAAAUCUACCUCAAGCAACAGUCAUGGUUCUGCUAUAGAUGCUACUAACAGAUCAACCACUACUUCUAACAAAUCUGUCUCAAUCAGUCAUAGUUCUACUAUAGAUGCUACUGACAGAUCAGCUACUACUGCAACAACAUCUACCCCAAGCAGCAGUCGUGGUUCUGCUAUUGAUGCUACUGACAGAUCAACCAUCACUUCUAACAAAUCUACUUCAAUCAGUCAUAGUUCUGCUGUUGAUGCUACUAGCAGAUCAACUACCACUUCUAAGAAAUCUACUUCAAGCAAGAGUAAUGGUUCUACUAUGGAUGCUACUAACAGCUCAACCAUCACUUUUAAGAAAUCUACUUCAAUCAGUCAUAGUUCUGCUGUGGAUGCUACUGACAGAUCAGCUACUACUGCAACAACAUCUACCCCAAGCAGCAGUCGUGGUUCUGCUAUUGAUGCUACUGACAGAUCAACCAUCACUUCUAACAAAUCUACUUCAAUCAGUCAUAGUUCUGCUGUUGAUGCUACUAGCAGAUCAACUACCACUUCUAAGAAAUCUACUUCAAGCAAGAGUAAUGGUUCUACUAUGGAUGCUACUAACAGCUCAACCACUACUUCUAACAAAUCUGUCUCAAUCAGUCAUAGUUCUACUAUAGAUGCUACUGACAGAUCAGCUACUACUGCAACAACAUCUACCCCAAGCAGCAGUCGUGGUUCUGCUAUUGAUGCUACUGACAGAUCAACCAUCACUUCUAGCAAAUCUACUUCAAUCAGUCAUAGUUCUGCUAUGAAUACUACUCACAGAUCAACCAUCACUUCUAAAAAAUCUACUUCAAUCAGUCAUGGUUCUACUAUGAAUACUACUGACAGAUCAACCAUCAUUUCUAACAAGUCUACUUCAAUCAGUCAUGGUUCUGCUAUGGAUGCUACUGACAGAUCAACCAUCAUUUCUAACAAGUCUACUUCAAUCAGUCAUGGUUCUGCUAUGGAUGCUACUGACAGAUCAACCAUCAUUUCUAACAAGUCUACUUCAAUCAGUCAUGGUUCUGCUAUUGAUGCUACUCACAGAUCAAGUGCCACUUCUAACAAAUCUACCUCAAACAGUCAUAGUUCUACUAUGGAUGCUACUAACAGAUCAACUACCACUUCUAAAAGAUCUAUCUCUAGCAACAAUCAUAGUUCUGUUGUUGAUGCUACUGACAGAUCAGCUACUACUGCAACAACAUCUACCCCAAGCAGCAGUCGUGGUUCUGCUAUUGAUGCUACUGAAAGAUCAGCCACCAUUUCUAAAAAAUCUACCUCGAGUAACAGUCAUAGUUCUACUAUGAAUACUACUGACAGAUCCACUUCUAACAAAUCUACCUCAAUCAAUCAUAGUUCUACUAUGAAUACUACUGACAGAUCCACUUCUAAAAAAUCUACCUCAAUAAAUCAUGCUUCUGCUAUGAAUACUACUAACAGAUCAACCACCACUUCUAACAAAUCUGCCUCAAACAGUCAUGGUUCUAGUAUCAAUGCUACUGACAGAUCAAUCAUCACUUCUAAGAAAUCCACUUCAAAGAGUCAUAGUUCUACUAUGGAUGCUACUAACAGAUCAACCUCCACUUCUAAAAGAUCUAUCUCUAGCAACAAUCAUAGUUCUGUUGUUGAUGCUACUGACAGAUCAGCUACUACUGCAACAACAUCUACCCCAAGCAGCAGUCGUGGUUCUGCUAUUGAUGCUACUGAAAGAUCAACCACCACAGCAACAACAUCUACUGAUUAUACUAAAUAUGCGUUGACUCCAGAAGAACAGGCUGCUGUUGUUCUCGCACACAAUAAGUUGAGAGCUUUGCAUGUUGAUACUGGUAAUUUGACCUGGUCUAAUACUUUAGCUGUAUAUGCUGAGAAGUAUGCUGCCGUUUAUGAUUGUUCUUCUGGUAGACUUGUGCACUCUCAUGGUCCAUACGGUGAAAACCUUGCCCUGGGAUUUCCUAAUGCAGUCGCUGCUGUGGACGCCUGGUAUAGUGAAAUUGCUCAUUAUAAUUACAGCCAUCCUGGCUUUUCCAUGGCAACUGGACAUUUUACACAGGUUGUUUGGAGAUCCACCAAGGAGGUUGGUUGUGCUGUAAAAUAUUGUGGCACCUAUUACCGUGAUUAUGUUGUUUGUGAGUACGCACCUCCUGGUAAUUAUGAAGGUGAAUUCCCUGAAAAUGUCAUGCCUUUGAAAGCAUCUGUUUCAAGUAGUAGUUCCAGUAAACCUAAGUCAUCCUCUACCCCUUCUGCUACUUCGAAGAAAUCUAUCUCAAGCAACAGUAAUGGUUCUGCUAUUGAUGCCACUGACAGAUCAACUACCACUGCAACAAUAUCUACUUUAAACAGUAAUGGUUCUACUAUGGAUGCUAAUAACAGAUCAACCUUCACUUCUAAGAAAUCUACUUCAAACAUUCAUGGUUCUACUAUGGAUGCUACUGACAGAUCAACCACCACUCCUAACAAAUCUACCUCAAUCAGUCAUGGUUCUGUUAUUGAUGCUACUGACAGAUCUACCACCAUUUCUAACAAUUCUAGUUCAAGCAGCAGUCGUGGUUCUACUAUGGAUGCUACUGACAAGUCAAUUGCCACUGCAACAACAUCUACCUCAAUCAGUCAUGGUUCUGCUAUUGAUGCUACUGACAGAUCAAUCAUCACUUCCAAGAAAUCUACCUCUAGCAACAGUCGUGGUUCUGCUAUGGAUGCUACUCACAGAUCAACCUCCACUUCUGAAAAAGCUGCCUCUAGCAACAAUCGUAGUUCUAGUAUCAAUGCUACUCACAGAUCAACCUCCACUGCAACAACAUCUGCCUCUAGCAACAGUCAUGGUUCUACUAUGGAUGCUACUGAUAGAUCAACCAUCACUUCUAAGAAAUCUACUUCAAACAGUAAUGGUUCUGCUAUGGAUGCUACUGACAGAUCAACUACCACUUCUAAAAAAUCUACCUCAAUCAGUCAUGGUUCUAGUAUAGAUGCCACUGACAGAUCUACCACUACUUCUAAGAAAUCUGUCUCAAUCAGUCAUAGUUCUAGUAUAGAUGCCACUGACAGAUCUACCACUACUUCUAAGAAAUCUGUCUCAAUCAGUCAUAGUUCUACUAUAGAUGCUACGGACAGAUCAACCAUCACUUCUAAAAACUCUGCCUCAAUCAGUCAUAAUUCUGCUAUUGAUGCUACUGACAGAUCAACUGUCAUUUCUAAGAAAUCUACCUCAAUCAGUCAUAGUUCUGCUAUGGAUGCUACUGAUAGAUCAACCAUUUCUGAGAAGUCUACCUCAAUCAGUCAUAGUUCUGCUAUGAAUACUACUCACAGAUCAACCAUCAUUUCUAAGAAAUCUACCUCAAUCAGUCAUAGUUCUGCUAUGGAUGCUACUGACAGAUCAACCAUCAUUUCUAAGAAAUCUACUUCAAUCAGUCAUGGUUCUACUAUGGAUGCUACUAACAGAUCAACCAUCACUUCUACCUCUAGCAACAGUCAUGCUUCUGCUAUGAAUACCACUGACAGAUCAACUGUCAUUUCUAAGAAAUCUACCUCAAUCAGUCAUAGUUCUGCUAUGGAUGCUACUCACAGACCAACCAUCAUUUCUAAGAAAUCUACUUCAAACAGUAAUGGUUCUACUAUUGAUGCUACUGACAGAUCAACCUCCACUUCUGAAAAAUCUACUCCAAGUAACAGUCAUGGUUCUGCUAUGAAUACUACUGACAGACCAACCACCAUUUCUAAAAAAUCUACCUCAAUCAGUCAUGGUUCUGCUAUAGAUGCCACUGACAGAUCAGCUACUACUGCAACAACAUCUACCCCAAGCAACAGUAAUGGUUCUGUUAUUGGUGCCAGUAGUAAGACACAUGCUGCUGGUGAAGCUGCAUCUGCUAAAACAAAUGUUGCUCACUCCGUCACAACCGCUAUUGUUGAGAGCACACGCAUGGUAGAUGUCACUGAAUGUCCAAUUUGCUCACUAUCCACCGCUACCUCUUCGUUUUCUUCCCAAAACGGUCAAACUGCCCUACAUGGCGAACCAGUAUUGAGAGUUAGCACAGUUUAUACUACAGACGGUGUUGUUAUCACUACAUACACUCCUUCAUGUCCAGAAAGUGCUAAGACAGGUUUUGUUACAGCUUCUGCUGCUACUGCUACUGCACCUUCAGACGUAAGCAUGGAAUCUGCCCAUUCCAAUGUUGUUCCAUCUGUAGGUGUUGCUACUUCUUCUUCUAAUUCUGCGGAAAGUGUUACAGUUGCAAAAUAUGAAGGUUUGGCAGCUAGUUUGACCUCAGAUGUUCUAUUCAGCGCUAUUUUAAUGGCUCUUAUUCAUUUGAUCUAA